AUGUUCGCCACCACACCCGCCACGUUCACCUUCUUCCUUAUCCUGCUUUUCACGACCUUCCUACCCGCGCUCGCCGCUCCCCUACCAAAUCCCGAGCCAAGUCCCAACCCCAACCCCGCUGGUGCACCCACACCCGCACUCAGCGGCCCAGGACCAAUAGCGCUCCCCGAUGGCAAUUCCUACUCUUUCAACCCGCCCGCGAGGUCCAAACCGCCUCACAAAUCCUCCUCCUCGCCCGAAAGCGGCGCUGGGGACACGCUCUCCGGUCUCACCUCCAUGUUGGGGUCGCCCUCCUCUUCACCGACACCUCUUGGAUCCACAUCCGAGUCACCCCUCGGCGGCGGCGGUGGUGCCAACCCGCUCUCCGCCCUUGCCCCUGCAGGUUCAGCAACUGGCGAGAGCCCAUUGAGCCUCCUCGGGCGGACAUACGUCCAGAACACCCGUGCAAUGGCUCGCCGCGUCGAUGACGCGCUCGCACGGGAGAUCGCGGCGCUAGAGAUCGCCAGAGAGGCGGAUGGGUAUGCGGGGCUUGCGCCGGGCGUACCGACCGAGCAGAGGAGCGAGAGGCUGGCGGUGAGGGUGCCGAGGGCGAACAGGCUCGCACCUGGGUACGCCGUUGAAGAUGCGGACGCCCGGGCAUAA